CCUAAUUAAAAUGUAUCCCAUGUUGGUCCAAAGCCAUACUGAUAUGCAAGAGAAAACGUUGCUGCAUUGGGCUGCUUUUUCUGGACAAAUUGCUAUGUUUGAAUAUGUAUUACAUUUAUUUGAAAAUGAUAAGAAAGUCACUUUAACAGAUUCUCAAAAACCUACUAUAGAUAGAAAAAAUUCUAUGGGUGAAACAAUCCUUCAUACUGCAUGUUCUGGUGGUCAUGAGGACUUAAGUAAACAUCUAAUAAACAGGUAUCCUCAUCUGCUAAAAGUCACGGACCUAAGGCUUGAAAAUGUUCUUCAUAAAGCAGCAAGGGGUGGAAGCUUACCUCUUUUCCAGUUUCUAUUGGAUAAAGAUAAAGAUUUAAGAAUUGACGAGAAAACAAAUAGUGGAAGAACUGUUUUGCACAUGUGUUGUUUUGAGGGUAGAAAAGAUAUAUGUAAAUAUCUUGUCAAUAAUUAUCCCUGUUUAUUAGAUAUCACUGACUAUUAUGGAUGGACAGUUUUGCAUGCAGCCUGUCUUGGUGGAAAUGUUGACAUAAUUGACUUCCUGGUAGCAAAAGGCAUGUUUAUACAUGAACUACCAAAUGAUAAAGAAAGUGCCCUGUACAUCGCUUGUAGGUAUGGUCAAUAUCCUGUGUGUGAGUACCUUAUACAUAAUUAUCCCCAGUCGCUAGAUGUCAUGGACGAAACUAUUUCUGUUUUACACCGCGCAGCCUGGGAAGGUUAUAUUGACAUCGUUAAUUUGUUGGUUGAGAAAGGAUGGGACGUCACAUCUGUAACAAGAACUGGAAACACAGUUUUACAUCUCUGCUGUCUCAAUAGUCAAAUAGAAAUGUGCCAGUAUUUGAUUAAUAAUUAUUCUAAUUUAUUACGUGUUAGAGACGAUAAAGGUUGGACAGUACUACAUUCAGCUUGCAAGGGAGGAAACGAAGAAAUAGUUUCUUUAUUGAUAACAAAGGGUAUUGAUAUCGAUGCAUUGACAAAGGAUAGUAAAAAUGCUUUGCACAUUGCUAGUCUUAAUGGUAAAUAUCAAAUCUGCCAGUACUUAGUCAAUAACUAUAAACAUUUAUUGAAAAACAAAGAUAAGUACGGUAAUUCAGUUUUACAUUGUGCAGCAAUGGGAGGUGAUGUUAAUGUCUUAGAGAUGUUGAUUAAAUUUGGUUCGAACAUUAGCACGCUUACAAAUGAGGGAGAAACAGUUUUGCAUGUCUGUGGUCUACAUGAAAAGAUGAAAGUGUUUACAUAUCUAAUCGACAAUUUUCCUGAUUUAUUGGAAGUAAAAGACAAAUAUGGAUUCACAGUGUUACAUUCAGUUUGCAAAGGUGGGAAUACAGAAAUGAUUCCCUUACUUAUCACAAAGGGUUUAGACAUUCUUGAGUUGACAAACGACACACAAAAUGUUCUCGAAAUUGCUUGCCUAAGAGGUAAGUAUGAUACAUGUGAGUACUUACUAAAAUAUCAUCCACAAUUACUGAAUGUUAGAGAAUCUCUUCUACAUAGCACAGUUAUCGCUGGUAAUGUUGAAAUAGUGAAAUUGCUAAUUGAGAAAGGGAUUCACAUCGAAUCUUUGAAUAACAAAGGUGAAACAGUUUUGCACGUGUGUUGUCGUAGAGGUAAAAUAAAAAUGAUAAAUUAUCUUGUCAAUAAUAAUGAAAAUUUAUUGGAUAUCAAAGACCCUGAUGGAGGGACAGCAUUACAUUCAGCUUGCAAAUUUGGGGAUAAAAAAGUUGUCUCCCUUCUGAUCAGGAAAGGUGCAAAUAUCAAUUCACUGACUAAAUCUGGUAAAAGUGUUCUCCAUAAUGCUUGUUUGAAUGGUAAGUUUGAUGCUUGCAAGUAUCUAAUUGAUAAUUAUCAACAAAUACUUAAUGUCAAGGAUAAGCUUGGGAAUACUGCCUUACAUGAUGCAGCCUUUGGAGGCAAUGUCGAAAUCGUAAAAUUAUUGAUUGAAAAAGAAAUGAAUGUCAAAACGCUACGAAACAAUGGAGAAACAGUUUUACAUCUAUGUUGCCGUGGGGGUAACCUUGACCUUUGUAAGUAUCUGCUUAAUAAGUAUUCCUUCUUACGAGAAAUCAGGGAUAAUGAGGGAUGUACAGUAUUACAUUCAGCUUGCAAGAGUGGAAAUGUAGAUUUGUUCUCUUACCUUGCUGCAAACGGUUUGGAUAUCAAAGCAUUGACAAAAAAUGGCGCAAAUGUACUCCAUAUUGCUUGUCUUCAUAGCAGUUAUAAAAUUUUUGAAUAUCUAUUUAAUAAUUGUCUACAGUUACUGGAUAUCAGCGACAAACAAGGACGUUCUGUUUUAGAUAAUGCGGUCAUUGGAGGAAACAUUGCCAUUGUAAAGAAGUUGAUUGAUAAUGAGUUAAGCGUUGGAUCUGUACGAAAAAACAACGAAACGCUUUUACAUUUUUGUUGCCGUGAAGGUAAAUUAAAAAUGUGUAAGUUUCUUGUCAAUAAGUGUCGUCAUUUGCUUCUUCUAAGGGACAAGCAAGGGAAAACUGUGUUACAUUCAGCUUGUGAAGGGGGAAGCGUUGAGACUUGUUCUUUUCUACUUGAAAAAGGUAUGGACAUUAAUGCAGUUACAAAUGGACAUGAGAGUGUUCUUCAUAUUGCUUGCCAAAAUGGCCAAUAUGACUUGUGUGGUUUCUUAAUCGACAAAUUUCCUAGUUUACUUAGAUUUUUGGACAAAGAUGGUAGAUCAGUUUUACAUGAUGCAGCCAUGGGUGGUAAUAUCGAUAUUGUUAAGCUUUUGAUUGGGAAAUGGAUAGAUGUCAGAAAUGCAGAUGAAGAUGGAGAAACAAUAUCUCAUUUCUGUUGUAGCCAUGAGCAUUUGACGAUAUGUGAGUAUCUUGUCAAUUGCUAUUCAGAUUUACUACAUUUAAGAGAUCGUAAAGGUUGGACAGUGUUACAUUCAGCUUGUAAGGGUGGAAAUGUAGAAAUAAUCUCAUAUCUUGUAGAUUGUGAAAUAAAUAUUAAUGAUCUGACCAAUGAUGGAAAAAGUGUUCUUCAUAUUGCUUGUCUUUAUCAUAUGUAUGAUGCAUGUGAAUUUCUCCUUAUAGAAUAUCCCCACCUCUUGGAUGUUGAAGACUGUAAUGGUAAUACGGUUUUAGAGUCAGCGUUUGAGGCAGGGGAUAUAGAUAUAAUAUGUUUUCUUAGCAGUAAGAAAAAUGUUAACAAUAUUGCUUAGAGAUUCGAAAUUAUGUUAAAAAGUUUAUAUGAGUUACUAGCACACUAUUCAAAAAUGACACCCUUUCAGAUGAUAUCCUUUCGUUGAUAAUAUUAAAACUAUAUAUUGUGAAAGCUAAACAAAAAACAAAACAUAGGAAAUUACUACUUUUUGUGUGUGGAAAAUAUACAAACUGGAUUUUUAAAAUUAAAUUGUGCUAUUAAUUUAUUUUUAUAAAUGCUUAUAAGUGUGGUUAUGUUUGGUAAAUGAUGUAUUGAUCAUUAAGUGUAUUUCAGGUAUAUAUGGGUAUAUGUAAACAAUAUAAAUAUGGUUAAAGCCUACAUUUGUUAUUAAAAGUUGGCUCUACAAUUUUCUUGUAUAUACCAGUGUAUAACCCUUAUGUUACUAUUCAAUUUAGGAAGUUGUUGUAUUUCAUAAAUUACUUAAUGUUUAAAAUAUUGAUAUAAGUAGAGAGAGAGAGAGACAUGCUUCAUGUUUAUAUUUUAUAAUGUUCAUAUCACCAAAAAUAAUAACCAUGUUCUUUAAAUUAUUAAUAAUGACCAAAAUAUUAUAUUUUUGUGUAGUUAUAAGUAUAUGAUGCAAAAUGAAUUUCAAAAUUAUCCUUUGAAUGCAUGACACUUGUGCAUCAUAAUUUGCGUGUUUUUCAAUGGUACGGAUAACCUUAGGCGCCGGAACACCUGGAAUCAUCUCUAUUCCACAUGUUUGUAUUUAAUUUACAUUGAUGUUGUACUAUCUCAAUAAAUGAAAGCAUUAAAAUUUGAUUUUUGGCUCACCUCAACGACGUUGUGAUACCUUAGGUGUCGGCGUCCAAGUUUUAAGUUUUUGGUGCAGUUUUUAAAGUAUCUUUAUGCCCUACAUGAAUCAGAUAUGCAUGAAGGAUGCUUCUAGUGUGUUUUAUUUUUACCAACCAAGGUUUCAGAUGCUGCAAUUUCAGCAAAGAAUUGACCAGUUUGAUGUUUUUGGGACAGGUUAAUGUUUUGGCUCGAGUCUCAUUUCCAAGUAACUAUGAGCCCUAUGUUACCCAAACUUGCAAGGAUGCACGCUACCGAGCUUGCUUCGGAUGCUUGAUCUG